AUGGGGAUAAGCACUAGUUUUGUAAACAGAAACACCACCACAACAGCACCUGACAAGUUUAAGGAUAGACCUAAUGCACCCUUGAAGGACAUUAUAUGUUUUAAAUGCCAUGGUCAUGGGCACAUAAAGAAAGAAUGCCCUAACUCAAGAGCCUUUACCAACAUAGAAUGGACUGAGAUUAAUGGGAGGGAAAGGAAACCUAGGGCUAUGCUUGUUGCGAAGGAUGGGAAGGAAGAACUCAUACUACCCACUGCACCAGCUGAUGACCCAGAAGGCUCUUACAUAUUAACCAACCUGGGCACAUUACGAAGAACAGAACCUGGAGAGACAGAGAGUGAUUCAGAGGAGGAAGUCAGAGAGAAGCUGUAUCCUGAGGAAGGGACAUACCAUUUACUAAUAAGGAGAAAUUUUCAUGCCACACCAAAAGGAAGAAAAUCAGACCAAAGAGAGAGUAUUUUCCAAACAAAAUGCAGGAUCAAAGACAAGGUUUGUGAUCUGAUAAUCGAUGGAGGGAGUGAGACUAAUUGUGUGAGUGCACAGUUGGUUCAAGACCUAAAUCUACACACACAAAACCACCUUAAUCCAUACAAAUUGAGGUGGCUAGAUAGUAAAGUUGAAGGAUUUGUGAAGAAACAGUGCUUGAUCAAUUUUUCCAUAGGUUCAUAUAGUGAUGAGAUUCUAUGUGAUGUCUUAGAUAUGAGUGCAUGCCACAUAUUGUUGGGAAGACCUUGGCAACACGAUAGGCACUCAAUACACAAUGGUUUCACCAACAUCUACACUAUUAGACAUGAAGGAAAAUUAAAAGACCUCAUACCUUUGCCACCACAUAGGAUUAGCCCUACACCAGUUAAGCAGAAGAAAGUUAGUUUCAUCAUAAGCAAAGGGGAGUGCCACAGAGAAGUUAAAGAAGGAGGGGAGUUGUUGUUCCUGUUUACCAAGGAAAUUAAUGAGAGCACAGACCCACAACAUCCCAAGGUUAAAGAGUUGUUGAAGGAGUUUAGUGAUGUUUUCCCACAUGAGCUACCUGAGGGACUACCACCAGUGAGGGGAAUAGAACAUCAAAUAGACUUGAUACCUGGAUCACAAAUCCCAAAUAAACCAGUAUAUAGAACCAAUCCACAGGAAGCCUUAGAAUUGCAAAAACAAGUGGAGGAACUAUUGGCCAAAGGAUAUGUGAGGGAGAGUAUCAGUCCUUGUGCUGUACCCACAUUGUUAGUACCCAAGAAGGAUGGGACCUGGCGUAUGUGCAUUGACAGUAGAAGUGUGAAUAAUAUAACAAUCAAAUAUAGGUUUCCCAUCCCCCGCAUAGAUGAUAUGCUAGAUGAGCUGACAGGAGCACAAUGGUUUAGUAAGAUUGAUUUGAGAAGUGGAUAUCAUCAAAUACAAAUGAAAGAGGGGGAUGAAUGGAAAACGGCAUUCAAGACAAAAUAUGGGUUGUAUGAAUGGCUUGUCAUGCCAUUUGGACUUACUGGUGCCCCAAGUACCUUCAUGAGACUAAUGAAUGAGAUUCUUAGACCAUUCCUAGGAAAAUUUGUGGUAGUAUACUUAGAUGAUAUUUUAAUAUAUAGCAAAGAAUUAGAAGACCACUUUAGGCACUUGAGAUCAGUCUUCCAGGUCCUUAGGAAACAAAAGUUGUAUGGGAAACUAGAAAAAUGUCAAUUUCUGAGCUAA